AUGUAUUAUGAAAACUAUUUUUAUUCCAUUAAUGUUAGUGAUGAUGUUGUAUGGCCUCAAAUGGAGAAAUGGGAUCAGUUCCCGAUAUGGCAGACUCUGUUUUAUAUGUGUUUGAAUGUUCACCAUGUCUUGGUUUUGAUUACAGUUCGAAAGUUUAUGAAAGGCAGUUCGUUUUUCUUCAUUUAUUUUGUGACCGGUUGCUUUGAUGUCUAUUAUUGCUACACACUUACCACAUACAACAUUUUCAAAAACACAAUGAGUGGACCAAUUUAUGUGUGGUUAUCUCAAUUAAACAGUUCUAGUCUUUUCUUUGGGCUGUUCAAUAAUUUAUUUGGCAAUGGAAUGAUGGCAAUAAAUCGGUUUUGUGCAACUUUCUUGUCUUAUGAGCGAUACUGGCGUCCCUUACACAUCCUAAUUUAUUUUUCUUUGACUGCAACCAUAUCUUUGGCUUGUUGUACUCCUUAUAUCCUCCGCCAUCGCUCAUUUUAUGUAUCCAAUGGGAACUGGGCUUACACAAAUGUCAACUCGACGCUAAUACUACAAAGAUCUAUUGCAAUAGCAAUCAUUGGAAUGUAUGAAGUUAUUGGAAUUUCCAUGAGUAUUCUAACAGUUUACCGGCUGAAAAUUCAUGGAAUUCGAAGUAAAAAGAAUGAGAAGAAUCUAGUACUUGUGACUUCCCUUCAUAUUCUAGUUGACAUCGUUGCUAUGUUAAUUAUGAUUGCGGAAUUUCUUGAGUGGCAAUUCUCAUUGGCACUGUUUGCUGUGAAAAAUGUUUUCCCUGUUACUUAUACUGUAGUCAUCCUAAAUUCGGUCACAAUGGUUGUCACAAACAAGCGGGUUCGGGAUGCAUACCUAAUGACGAUUAAGUUUUGGAAGAAGAGAGUGGAAGAUCAGAACAGCUCAUCCAGGCAACACACAUCUUUACCGGCGACUCCAACGAACAUAGGAAAGAUUGCAGUUUUUUGA